UUUCUAUCUUCAGUUCUUUGAAUGACAAUUUACGAAAGUGAUAAGAUUCCUGGACCAGAGCCACAUGUUCUGCUGGGAAAUGUGCCAGACGUGUAUCCGGAUAUGGUCGGCAAUACGCGCAAGCUUCAUGACAAGUACGGACCAAUUAUUCGUUUGUCCUUAGGAGGGCACGAUAUUUUAUCUGUUUGCGAUCCAGAUUGCCUUCGAACCAUAUCCCAGGAUGGUGAAUACUUUACCAAAGAAAUCUACAGUCUAUAUCAGGAUUUGGCAAUCAUGAACGGCAGUGGACUUGUCACCACUAGUACCAAAGAUCCAGAUUGGGUUCUUGCACACAAGUUGCUUAUGCCCGCUUUCUCGGCAAGAGCCAUGAGAGCUUAUCAUUAUAAGAUGGGUGAAACUAUCAAAGAAUUAUUGAAUAUCAUGGAGACUUUCCAAAAAUCAGGAGAAGAACUCGACGUUUCUAGAUGGAUGAUCGCAUUGGCUCUCGAAUCUAUUGGAAAGAUCGGUUUCGAUUACGACUUUGACCUUCUCAAAGACCCUAAUGCUGAGCGCCAUCCCUUCACGGUCGCUUUGGCUUAUGUUCAGUCCAUGAUUAUGAAGCGAGGAUCUACCCCAACUUGGAUGAAAUGGAUGCAGACCAGCGCCAAUGUCCGUUUCCAACGUGAUCUGAGUACACUUCGCACCACCAUUGAUUCAGUUCUGGAAGAGCGCAGAAGCCACCCGCAUGCAGAGGACGCCCAGACUGACUUGCUUGAUUUCAUGCUGACCGCUGAGACCAAGGAAGGUGAAAAGCUGGACAAUAAACUUAUUCGAGACAACAUUAUCACUUUUCUGAGCGCUGGACACAAUACGACUUCGGCAUUCCUCAGUUGGACCAUACUUGAGCUUUGCCGUAACCCAAAAAUUGCCGAAAUUAUUGUCCAAGAAAUCGCAAAUGCUGGAGUGAAACCUGGCGAAAUUCCCACACCCGAACAAGUCGGUGCGUGUAAAUACCUUGAUCUUGUCAUCAAGGAGUCUCUGCGAAUGCAUCCUCCCAUUUUCGCGGUCAUAAAAUAUUGCCAGAAGGAUUGUACUAUCAAAGCUGGAAUCAGCGGGGAUGAGUAUAAAAUCAAAGCUGGUACACUUUUGCAAAGCGGCAUUUAUUCCGUUCACCACGAGCCAAAAGUUUGGCCAGAACCAGAUGUGUUCAACCCGGAACGAUUCGCCGACCAUCCCGAUUUACAUCCCAAUGCUUGGUUACCCUUCAGCGAUGGACCUAGAGCCUGUAUUGGAAGACAAUUUUCGUUACAAGAAGGAAAGUUGGCCCUCGUCAUGAUGUUGAGUAAGUUCAAGUUUAGCAUGGACGACCCCAACAAACAAAUUGGCUAUCAAGUUAUUAUUGCCAUGAAGCCAGUGGAUCUUAUGGUCAGGGUAUCUCCCAUUGAGCUACCGGAACCGACCGAGGAGGCAGUGUUGACAAAGCAUGAGGCCACUAAAUCCGAGUCCUCCACUGGGCUGAAUGUUCCUGCCAAGUUUCCUCUUCCCCCAGUCACAUUUUUGUACGGAACACAAACAAAUACUUCUGAGGAAUACGCCAGAAAGCUUUCUGGGCAAGCCAAAGGUUUUGGAUUUACAAACAUCAAAACGUUAGUGAAAGGAGGAAAACUCAACAAACUCCAAAAGAACGACAGCGCUCCUUCUAGCGAGGACGAUGUCAAAGUUUCUGAGCUACUUGUGGUUGUAACAGCCACAUAUAACGGUUAUCCACCGGACAACGCAGUCAGUUUUGACAAAUGGCUCACCUCCAAAACAGAAAAUAUAGAAGACACCAAGAAAAAUGAACUUCAAGGUGUCUUGUACGCUGUCUUCGGUUGUGGUAAUCGUGACUGGUCCAGCACUUUCCAAAAAUUCCCCGCGAAAAUAGACAAUGGCCUUGAGCUUUUAGGAGCCGACCGGCUUUUGCCAGCUGGUGUUGGCGAUGCUUCAGAGGACAUUGACGGUGAUUUCCAUGUAUGGUCCGCCAAUUUCUGGAGCGCCUUAAUGCAGCGAUAUGGUCAGUCUGCUUCUGGAAAAAAUGCCGAUAUCAUGUCUACCAGUGGUCCCAUGGCCGAUCCCUCAAAAGACUUCACUUUGGAGUUCCUACCUGCCAACAAGUCCCCAGAGGUUCUAGCUGGUGGUGAAAACCGAAAUCAACGUGGCGCACUUGUUGUCAUCAAGAAAAACCGAGAGUUGCAGAACGUUGAAAAAAGUCAGAGAAGCACCAGACACAUUGAAGUCGCUUUCGAUGAAUCAGAGGACAAGAAGCCAUUGUAUGAAGCAGGAGAUCAUUUGGAAAUUACGCCCGUUAACGAUUCAGAGACAGUCGAACGAGUUGCCUUCAACUUGGGGCUUGUUUUGGAUUCUGUCUUCCAGAUUAAGGAUCUUGAGAUCACAAACCUUUCUCCACGUUCCAUGGCUGCAAACAUCAAAGGGCCAUGCACUAUUCGUAACGCUCUCACCUACUACGCUGACUUGACUGGAACUCCUACUAGGUAUACUCUAUCAGUUCUGGCCAAGCAGCUUGCAACAAUCCGUCCAGAUAUUGCUGAAAGGCUACAAGUCGCUCUUCAACCUGGCAAAGAGACUGAACGUCUCAAAGAAUUUUUAGCUACCCAUCGGACUUUUGUCGAUAUCAUGACAGCAUUCCAGAUCAAAGAAUUGAACUUCAAAGAGUUCAUCAGUUCAGUCAACUGCAUCGUGCCUAGAAAAUACAGUAUUUCAAGUGGUCCUCUGGAACAUCCUUACGAUCCCUCGGUGAGCGUUGGCAUAGUGCGAGAUAUGGGAGGACCAGAUGGAAAACAAGUAUAUCAUGGUCUCUGCUCCGGCUAUCUGAAAGACUUAAAACCUGGAACCAAAAUCAAUGCCCAAAUCAAAGAAUGCAAAUCAACCUUCCGGUUACCAGAAGACGAUUCUAAACCGGUUAUCUUCAUUUGCGCUGGUACUGGAAUGAGUCCUUUCCGAGGAUUCCUUCAAGAGCGUCAUGCUAAGGGACUGAAGAGUCAUGAGAAAGGUGGCAAUUCUGAUGCCAUUAUGUUCUUUGGCUGCCGUCACCCGGAGCAAGAUUUCAUUUACAAGGAAGAACUAGAAUCAUACGUUGAGGACGGUACCCUUGCCAAGUUGUUCACUACGUUUUCUCGAUCCAGUCAAGUUGUACGCUAUGUACAACACAGCCUUCUGCAACAUGCUCAACAGCUGUAUGAUGUUGUGGCUGAGCAAGGUGCCAACAUAUACGUUUGUGGAUCGGCCGGUAGUAUGGCCAAGGACGUUAAACGUACCUGGGAAAGAAUCAUUGUUCAAAUGUCUGGUAUGUCAGAGCCUGAGGCCGAGGAAACUGUCAAGCGUUGGGUAGAAGAGGGAAGAUACAAUGAAGAUGUUUGGGGUUAGGUUAAACACCACGUGUAAAAAGGAUAAGAAUAAAGUAACAACUCUAAAAUUUCCAAGCUCUUGGCACAGAAACACCAUUUCUUGGCCGAUCACUUCGCUGCUUCCGAUUCUGAGUAUCAACAUAAUAAAUGGUAUCAUUUCAACAAACG